AUGAUGGUAAUAUUAUAUUUUGGUUUAUUUCUCUUUUCACAGUUUAUAAGAACGGCAAAUGCCGAAGCAAUUGCGUGCUUACCAAAAGGUGAUUCGAUUGAUGGUUUUACAAUAAAAUUUUACCCAUAUGCACAAGCUGAUCGUCAUACAUUCUCUUCUCUUGAAUAUAUGGGGUUCGGUUAUGCAGAUUUACAACUUCUUGGUGAGGUAACUAAAAUAACUAAUCCAAGUGUUAAUAUUUAUUAUCCAUGCGUAAGUGAUCACGGCACAUUUCCAUGUAACACGUACAGUGGUGAUACGGUCAAAGGAGGUCCUGGUACAACACAAAAUUAUACAUGUAAUGGAGUUUUUUGUAGUAACACUGGUCCUUCCUACUUUCCAUUAUUCGGAUUUGAAACAACUCCUAGUAACGUAACACUUGAAAUGACUGGUUAUUUUCUGGCAACAACAACUGGUAAAUAUACAUUUAAUUUGCCUAAAGUUGAUGAUAGUGCACAAUUAUCUUUAGGUCAUGGUGUUGCUUUUGAUUGUUGUGCUCAAUCCGAGAAACCAAUUGAAAAUACCGACUUCACAAUUAAUGCAGUUAAAGGUUGGUGGGGAAGCACUGGUAAUACUACUGCAACUGUUGACUUAGUUGGUGGCUAUUACUACCCAUUAAAGAUCGUUUACACUAAUGCUGUCUCCUUCGGCUAUAUGCCAGUAGAGCUUGAGUUACCUGAUGGAACCAUAAUAACUGAUUUCAAAGGAACCGUAUUUUCGUUUCCAGAUGAUGCCCAGGAUGGUAAAUGUGAAAUCAGUGAUCAGAAAAGUACAACAACGACAAAAUAUUGGACAGGCAAAUAUACUACAACCUACAGCACAGGAAUUUCUACAUACACAGGGACAGAUGACAUCACUACUACGGAAACUACCUUCUUUGUAGAAAUUCCAGGAAGUGACAGUGAUACUACUACUACAACCUUCUGGACCGGUUCUUUUACAACCACCUAUAGUACUUUAAUAACAACAAUUACAGGCUCUGAUGGUGUACCAACUACCGAAACAACAUAUUUUGUUGAGACACCUGGUAUCGAAACUACCACUACUGUGACUACCCCAUGGACUGGCACUUAUACCAGCACUAUCGAGACUGUUGUCACUACAUUCACUGGUUCCGAUGGUGUUCCUACUACCGAAACUACUUACACUGUUGUCGUUCCUCCAACUUCCAAUCCUGGUAGUGAAAUUACUACUACAGUCACAACACCAUGGACUGGCACUUAUACCAGUACUAUCGAGACUGUUGUCACUACAUUCACUGGUUCCGAUGGUGUUCCUACUACCGAAACUACUUACACUGUUGUCGUUCCACCAACUUCUACCCCAGGUGUUCACACUACUACUGAAAUUACAACCCCAUGGACUGGCACUUAUACCAGCACUAUCGAGACUGUUGUCACUACAUUCACUGGUUCCGAUGGUGUUCCUACUACCGAAACUACUUACACUGUUGUCGUUCCUCCAACUUCCAAUCCUGGUAGUGAAAUUACUACUACUGUGACUACCCCAUGGACUGGCACUUAUACCAGUACUAUCGAGACUGUUGUCACUACAUUCACUGGUUCCGAUGGUGUUCCUACUACCGAAACUACUUACACUGUUGUCGUUCCUCCAACUUCCAAUCCUGGUAGUGAAAUUACUACUACAGUCACAACACCAUGGACUGGCACUUAUACCAGCACUAUCGAGACUGUUGUCACUACAUUCACUGGUUCCGAUGGUGUUCCUACUACCGAAACUACUUACACUGUUGUCGUUCCUCCAACUUCCAAUCCUGGUAGUGAAAUUACUACUACUGUGACUACCCCAUGGACUGGCACUUAUACCAGCACUAUCGAGACUGUUGUCACUACAUUCACUGGUUCCGAUGGUGUUCCUACUACCGAAACUACUUACACUGUUGUCGUUCCACCAACUUCUACCCCAGGUGUUCACACUACUACUGAAAUUACAACCCCAUGGACUGGCACUUAUACCAGUACUAUCGAGACUGUUGUCACUACAUUCACUGGUUCCGAUGGUGUUCCUACUACCGAAACUACUUACACUGUUGUCGUUCCACCAACUUCUACCCCAGGUGUUCACACUACUACUGAAAUUACAACCCCAUGGACUGGCACUUAUACCAGCACUAUCGAGACUGUUGUCACUACAUUCACUGGUUCCGAUGGUGUUCCUACUACCGAAACUACUUACACUGUUGUCGUUCCACCAACUUCUACCCCAGGUGUUCACACUACUACUGAAAUUACAACCCCAUGGACUGGCACUUAUACCAGCACUAUCGAGACUGUUGUCACUACAUUCACUGGUUCCGAUGGUGUUCCUACUACCGAAACUACUUACACUGUUGUCGUUCCUCCAACUUCCAAUCCUGGUAGUGAAAUUACUACUACUGUGACUACCCCAUGGACUGGCACUUAUACCAGUACUAUCGAGACUGUUGUCACUACAUUCACUGGUUCCGAUGGUGUUCCUACUACCGAAACUACUUACACUGUUGUCGUUCCUCCAACUUCCAAUCCUGGUAGUGAAAUUACUACUACAGUCACAACACCAUGGACUGGCACUUAUACCAGCACUAUCGAGACUGUUGUCACUACAUUCACUGGUUCCGAUGGUGUUCCUACUACCGAAACUACUUACACUGUUGUCGUUCCACCAACUUCUACCCCAGGUGUUCACACUACUACUGAAAUUACAACCCCAUGGACUGGCACUUAUACCAGCACUAUCGAGACUGUUGUCACUACAUUCACUGGUUCCGAUGGUGUUCCUACUACCGAAACUACUUACACUGUUGUCGUUCCUCCAACUUCCAAUCCUGGUAGUGAAAUUACUACUACUGUGACUACCCCAUGGACUGGCACUUAUACCAGCACUAUCGAGACUGUUGUCACUACAUUCACUGGUUCCGAUGGUGUUCCUACUACCGAAACUACUUACACUGUUGUCGUUCCUCCAACUUCCAAUCCUGGUAGUGAAAUUACUACUACUGUGACUACCCCAUGGACUGGCACUUAUACCAGUACUAUCGAGACUGUUGUCACUACAUUCACUGGUUCCGAUGGUGUUCCUACUACCGAAACUACUUACACUGUUGUCGUUCCUCCAACUUCCAAUCCUGGUAGUGAAAUUACUACUACAGUCACAACACCAUGGACUGGCACUUAUACCAGUACUAUCGAGACUGUUGUCACUACAUUCACUGGUUCCGAUGGUGUUCCUACUACCGAAACUACUUACACUGUUGUCGUUCCACCAACUUCUACCCCAGGUGUUCACACUACUACUGAAAUUACAACCCCAUGGACUGGCACUUAUACCAGCACUAUCGAGACUGUUGUCACUACAUUCACUGGUUCCGAUGGUGUUCCUACUACCGAAACUACUUACACUGUUGUCGUUCCACCAACUUCUACCCCAGGUGUUCACACUACUACUGAAAUUACAACCCCAUGGACUGGCACUUAUACCAGCACUAUCGAGACUGUUGUCACUACAUUCACUGGUUCCGAUGGUGUUCCUACUACCGAAACUACUUACACUGUUGUCGUUCCUCCAACUUCCAAUCCUGGUAGUGAAAUUACUACUACAGUCACAACACCAUGGACUGGCACUUAUACCAGCACUAUCGAGACUGUUGUCACUACAUUCACUGGUUCCGAUGGUGUUCCUACUACCGAAACUACUUACACUGUUGUCGUUCCUCCAACUUCCAAUCCUGGUAGUGAAAUUACUACUACAGUCACAACACCAUGGACUGGCACUUAUACCAGCACUAUCGAGACUGUUGUCACUACAUUCACUGGUUCCGAUGGUGUUCCUACUACCGAAACUACUUACACUGUUGUCGUUCCUCCAACUUCCAAUCCUGGUAGUGAAAUUACUACUACAGUCACAACACCAUGGACUGGCACUUAUACCAGCACUAUCGAGACUGUUGUCACUACAUUCACUGGUUCCGAUGGUGUUCCUACUACCGAAACUACUUACACUGUUGUCGUUCCACCAACUUCUACCCCAGGUGUUCACACUACUACUGAAAUUACAACCCCAUGGACUGGCACUUAUACCAGCACUAUCGAGACUGUUGUCACUACAUUCACUGGUUCCGAUGGUGUUCCUACUACCGAAACUACUUACACUGUUGUCGUUCCUCCAACUUCCAAUCCUGGUAGUGAAAUUACUACUACUGUGACUACCCCAUGGACUGGCACUUAUACCAGCACUAUCGAGACUGUUGUCACUACAUUCACUGGUUCCGAUGGUGUUCCUACUACCGAAACUACUUACACUGUUGUCGUUCCACCAACUUCUUUCCCAGUAGUUGAAAGUAAGACCAUUGAAACUAUUACUACUGUUACAGGCUCUAACGGUGUUCGAACUACAAAAACUACUAAUGUUGUAGUUCCAAAUACCUCCUCUAAUUUAACACCAAGUUUAUCUAUUUUCCCAGGAACAUCGACCGAAUUUGUCUCAACUAAUCAUAUUACUUCUUUUGAGGGCUCAGGCUUUAAGAUGGGUGGCAGUAUGUCAGAUAGUAUUUUAGGAGUGUUGUUUUUUGUAUUGUUGAUUUAG